GACUGAGGCAGCCAUCUUGCUCUUGCCGCGUGCUGGUGUUGGAGGACACUCCUUGCUUCAGAUUUACCAACAGCAUGAAUCAAGAAAAGUUAGCCAAACUUCAGGCUCAGGUCCGGAUAGGGGGCAAGGGUACAGCGCGCAGAAAGAAGAAGGUGGUACAUAGAACGGCUACAGCUGAUGACAAAAAACUUCAGAGUUCUCUAAAAAAACUGGCUGUGAAUAAUAUAGCUGGUAUUGAAGAGGUGAACAUGAUUAAAGAUGAUGGGACAGUUAUUCAUUUCAACAAUCCCAAAGUCCAAGCUUCCCUUUCUGCUAACACCUUUGCAAUUACUGGCCAUGCUGAAGCCAAACCAAUCACAGAAAUGCUUCCUGGAAUAUUAAGUCAGCUUGGUGCUGACAGCUUAACAAGUCUUAGGAAGUUAGCUGAACAGUUCCCUCGACAAGUGUUGGAUAGCAAAACACCAAAACCAGAAGACAUUGAUGAGGAGGAUGAUGAUGUUCCAGAUCUCGUAGAAAAUUUUGAUGAGGCAUCAAAGAAUGAAGCUAACUAAAAAUUUUUCUGGUUUUUGGAAGCUGGCAUGGACUAGAUUUAACAAAUCAGCUAUGUGGUUCCAAAGUUUUACAGACACGGAGAACAUCAGCUGUUACUAGUUCAGUAAUAUAAAUAUUUUGUAUAUUAAUAA